UCGCAUUUGGACGGAAACCCCGCCAGAAACAUACAUCCAACACUGACCGACCAAGAUCCAAGACCCAAGACCCAAAACCACGCGCGUAAUAGGCCACCGCAACAACCCGGAGUCGCAUCUUGCAGCCUCCCCAAUGCUGUCUGCGAGAUGUCCUCCGCCUCCAGGGUAUCAACCCAAGACCGGCGCGCAAAUGGACCCCCCGCCAACAGCGACAAGCAGAGACCCCGCGUGAGCGUGAACGCCGCGAAACCCGGCAAUUUCAGUCGACAUGACGCAUCAGAUCUUCGACGGACGGCAUCUCCGCAAUCCGACGGGCCCUACGGGUCUUCACAUAAACGGACAGCAUCCGGGAACCCGAGACCUUUGAGCAGGACCCAUGAUGAUCGGCGCAUAGAAGAGCGGCGGACGGAAAAGACAUUCGUCACGCAACUAGAGAGUAUUGUCCGUCGGACAAGGAGCCCUGAAAGGUUAGAACGUCGCCAGGUGCCGACUGAGAAGGCAAGGGCUGCGGCGGAGAAAUCCAGGCCGGUUGAGAAUCGGUCAAAGGAACCAAAAGUCGAGGCUCCCCAAGCCCCCCCAUGGUCACCCGAAGCGACACUUCUUCCUCAUACUUCGGCCCCACUGGCAUCCCGCAUCUCCAUCCCUCCCUUGGCCUCCCAAGCCCCAUCGACUGUGCAACCUACACCCCUUCAUGAGCUCUCUCUUGAAGCACAGGAAGCUGUCAUUAUAGAAGACCUCCUUUUCGUCUUCAUGGGCUAUGAGGGGCAAUACAUCCGAUUCUCCAAGAGCUACAAUCCACACGAGGAGCGAGAUCGGCUGUCGGGACCCACGUUCAGGAUUUUGCCCGGGCUGGACCCCAGUUUGCAGGAUCUCACAGUGUCAAUGCUGAAGAUGGCGACCUACUACUCGGCCCUAGAGGUGUUCGUCGACGUUCAGAGCCGAGAGGAGUUUGGGGCUGUCAACCACGCCUUGUGUGCCUCGGUGCGCAAGUUUCUGCAGGACUAUCUUAUCAUGAUCGCACAAUUGGAGACACAGUUCCUCACCAACGAGAAUUUUACCCUUCACGUCUUGAACAUCCAGACUUUGCCGACGAGCCAGACCAUGUCGCGCCUUUACUCCUUAGCUGUUGAGCUCCUUAAAAAGAACGCUCUCCUGGACGACGACGACGACGACGACGACCCGGGCGAUAGUGGAGACGACUUUGAUAACAUCCUUGAAACGCUUCGGGACGGCGGGGAUCUCGGUGCCGGAAACAUGACGGGCAAGAGGAUCUGCAAGGGGGGUGUAGUGCUGGGUUUGAUCACAAAGAGGCAAGAGGCCAUGGCGGGAGACCCGGUCGCCAGGACUCUCUUGACCACCUUGCUACGGGACGCUAGCCGGCCGUACAUGGCCAUGUUGAAUGAGUGGCUGCAUCAUGGUGGCAUCAACGAUCCGCAUGCCGAGUUUCUCAUCAAAGAGCAGAAGAGUAUCCGCCGGGAGAGGCUGGAGCAAGACUACACUGAUGAAUAUUGGGAACGACGGUACACCAUACGGAAGAACGACGUGCCACCACAACUCCAAGACGUCAAAGACAAGGUCCUUUUGGCGGGUAAAUAUCUCAACGUGGUACGAGAAUGCGGCGGCGUCGACGUCAGCAAAGUCGUCAAGGACGUUCCGACUUCCUUUGAUGACAGCCGGUUCCUCGACAACGUGAACAUAGCCUACGCCCAUGCGAACGAGUCGUUGAUGCAGCUCUUACUGACCACGCACUCCCUUCCGAUGAGGUUACGGUCCUUGAAACACUAUUUCUUUCUCGAUCCCUCCGAUUACUUCUCCUACUUUCUGGAGCUCGGAGCAUCCGAGCUGCGCAAGCCGGUCAAAUCCGUUAAUACCGGCAAGCUACAGUCGCUUCUUGACCUCGUGCUGCGCCAGCCGGGAAGUAUUGUGUCCUUGGAUCCGUUCAAGGAGGAUGUCAAGGUCGAGAUGAACGAAAUCACCCUGAUCAAGUCCCUCCAGAAAGUGGUGAACAUCACGGGCAUGGAGCAGGGCGAGGCGCUGCAGCCCCUAUCUAGUCAACCCAUCGAGAGCGAUAAGAACGCGAUUGGGUUUACGUCACUCCAACUAGACUACGCAGUGCCGUUCCCGGUCUCGCUGGUUAUUAGUCGCAAGACGGUGUGGCGGUACCAAGCCUUGUUCCGGUAUCUUCUCUCCCUGAGACACCUUGAGUCCCAGCUAUCCACGACUUGGCACACGCAAACGUCCGGCAUCGCGUGGUCCCACAAAAGCUCGGCCAGGAGCCUCGAGGUUUGGAAGCGCCGAGUCUGGACUCUCCGGGCACGUAUGUUGGUCUUCGUACAGCAGCUGCUAUACUUCUGCACGGCCGAGGUGAUCGAGCCCAACUGGACCAAGUUCGUGUCGAGACUCAAACCCAACGAGGAGCACCAAGGAAGCUCCUUGUCGGGUCUGACACGGACGGUUGACGAGCUCAUGCAAGACCACGUGGACUUUUUGGACACAUGCCUCAAGGAGUGCAUGUUAACCAACAGCAAACUGCUGAGGAUCCACUCCAAGCUGAUGCAGACUUGCACUAUCUUUGCAACAUACUCUAACUGGCUCACCCGCGAGCUAGAGAAAGCCGACCCGGAUUUAUCGGGCAACACUAAACCGCCCAAUAUGACUGAUGACCAGUGGAGGGUGUUCCAGGCGGUACGAGCGCAGAAGACGUCCUCACAGAACGACUCGUCGUCUUCGGGCCCGGGCCAGACGAGUCAGGACGCGCGCAUUGCCAACCUGUUCGAGAUUAUGAAGAAGUGGGAGAGCAACUUCAGCAGGCAUCUCCAGAUCCUGCUCGAUGCGUUGAACCACUAUGCGGCGACAGAGACGGUCGUCUUGCUGAGCCUGUGCGCUCGGCUGAGCACCGCAAACCAGGGGACCGAGUAUGCGGGGCUAAGGAACGAAGAGGAUAUGGCGGUCUGAGCUUUGUCCUGUGCAAAAUCUGUCUUAUUCUUUUUUCUUUCUUUCCCCUUUUGUCCUUCUAUGUUAUGGAUAUCGUUUCAGCGUAGCAGUGGUCGGAACUGGCGUUUUCGGGGUUGGAGGAGCCUGACGGGAAAUAGGGACAGAUAACACGUGCGAGGAUAUGUUCAUCGUAGUAAACCCUGACGUUGCUACCUGGAGAACCAAGCAGGCAUAUGGAAUGAUGAGAAUACCCAUCAAGGAGUCCCGAUGCCUCCAUCUUUUAUUUUUCUCAUAAGAUGUUAUACAACAGGUGAAAUGUACAUGAUUUUAUAUACGAGGGGGAGAUUCCAAUCCUCUGCCUUGAGCAUCUCCUUCGCAUAAUGCCUGGGACACAAAUGCCAACCAAAU